CCUUUCCCAGGACGCAUUAGAGAUGGUUGAGAGGCAGAGGCCAGAAAAACGCACUAAAACCCUAUCCAACUUUUAUAUUUUACGGACCUUUUGACACUGACUCUGCUUUUGUUUUGAGGAAUUUUGGCGAUAAGAGGGUUUUUGUUUAGAUUUAGUUGUGAUUUUCUUUGUGGCGUGUAUUAUGUGUUGCUUUUGUUUGGAAGCUACGACUUAGCGGCGGCAGCUUCAGAGUUUCAGACUUUGUUUUUCUGUUUUUGAUCUACAUACCUAAUGAAGAUGUGGUCUAUGAAGGUCAUCACCCUCCUCCUGUUCUGCUAUGCUUGUCUUUCGACUGGCGAUGACAAAGUGCAUUUUGACUCAAGGAACUUUUUCAAUGUACUCCACUGGCACCUCGUGGAGCCGACCGUCCCUGGGGAAAAGGUCCUCUAUAGCGUCCAGUACUGGAGUGAUGCUACGGAGCAAUACCAGAUAAAAGAGGAGUGUGAAAACAUUACUGCUCUGUCCUGUGACCUGACUGCAGAAACCCCAUCAAUUCAUGACGUUCACUACCGGGCUCAGGUGUACUGUAACGGUCACUUAUAUGGCAGCACCAACAGGUUAACACCUAUAGCAGAAACUAUUCUUGGUCCACCCAUUUUGUCGACACACCCAACAGUGUCGUCCUUGCAUGUUAAUGUGACGCUGCCCUUGGGGCCAAACGGAGUCUCCGUUGCUGACAUCAUCACCAGGAGCAAAAAUGGGCCUCACAAAACUGUAACCAUUAAAUAUACCUUAGAAAUCACCCACCCAACAUGGGCUGCACAGGUUAAUGAAGCCACAACAGGCCGGUUUAUCAUCAGCGUUACGAACAACCAAACUGAGUACUGCGGCUACGUGUCGUACAAGCCCGCAGCUGAAUGGGGUCGCUCAGAGAGUGAGCGUGCCUCCUUCUGUGUCACACUGCCAGGUGAUCCUCUCAGGCUUUUGCCAUGGCUUCUUGUGAGUGCUGCUCUUCUGACGGCCAUAAUCACAACAUUAGUCGUGUGGAUGUGCAACUACGUGAAGGGUGGAAAGGAAAAGAGCAUUCCACAGCUAUUGGUAACCACCUCCAGCACCCCAACCAGAGUACUGCAGUCUCUAGACAGGAAUCUCAUCAUUUCCAAAGUGGAGGUCUGCAUUAACUGUGACCAAACCCUUUACACAACGAUCCGGACGAAGCCUAAUAUGCCCUCAGUUAGGCCUGGAGGUUAUUCCCCCCAAGACAUCCUCUGCCAAGCCUGCCAAGACGGCACUGGCUCCUCUGUUGGCACAGGUGAAAACAGCCUGACCCCAAAUCCAGAGGACACAAGUGCCCAGUCCUCCGAAAUCUACAGUGUGGUAGCUGUCCAUGAACAUAAUGAAGACAUUCAGCAGGCUACCAAUGACAACAGAGAAACCAAUAACCUACCAAUGUUUUCCAGUGGAGAAAGCUGGGAUAAUAGAGUACGACCGUUACCUCAUCUGGACCCUUGUGUGAGCGAUCCAGGCAGGUCACUGGUUUUGCAAACAGUGCGGGUUGCUAAUGGCCAACUUGUGUUGCCUUCACUCAUCUUUCAGUUACAGAACAGCACAGAUGACACAGUGCCACCCUUUAACCCAGAGAGGAAACUCCUUUUAUCUGACCUCAUAUACUCCAAGAUGGAGGGGCCAUCAUUGGCAUCCUUGAAGAGCUUCGACGGCUCAGAGUUGUCAGACUCAGGGUGUGACGAUAGCAGUGCAACCACACCAACCCAGACCUACUGCAACACCCAUUAUUUUCCAUCGCAACCAGUUGCUCCUUAUUUCCACCAGGGAUGGAAGAACACACCAUCUAGUGAUGCCACACUUGAAUCAGGUUACAAAGAAAACUGGUUGCCUGCGAUCCUUCUUGAAACUGCAUCCAAAGACAGUUGUGAAUACAGAAAGACAGACUAUCCACGGAUCUGGAUGGGUCCCAAAGAGGAGGAGGAAGGUGAGGAAGAUGAAGACAGAGGAGAAGAGGAGACAAGGCAAAUUCUUCUCGGAGGUGGUACAAAUUCAAGAAUAAUUUGCAAUGCAGGAAGUUGAUGGGAACACUGACGGGUGCUUUAGUAACAAUACAGCACUGAAUGGUUUUGCUGUCUGCUGUGUGAUGCAGAGACAGAUGUUUUAAACAUAAAUUUACUCUGAACUAAGACAUUUAACAACCACACCUGGAACUUUAAAUACAAAUCAAAUCGAAGUGAUACAUUAUGGUUUGUUGUUAAUCUGUUUUUUAUUUAUUUAUUAAUUCACAUUUGUAAAAUAUUAGUAUGGAAAGUCGUAAAUUGUGUGUUUACAUUUUAAGACAUCAGUGAAUAUAGAUUGUUAAGUCAUUGUUUUUUGUUACAGGGCUGCAGCUAACAAUCUUUUUCAUUAUUGAGUAAUUUGCUGAUUAUUUUCUUAAAUUUUGAUUAACCGUUUGGUCUAUAAAAUGUCUGAGGAACUGGGAUUUUCUGACAUUUUUGCAAUAUAUGUACUUUAACUACUAAAAUAGUUGGCGAUUAUUUUUCAAUCGACUAAUUGUUGCAGCUCUAUUUUAUAUUGUAAAAGACGUUGAAUUGUUAAAAGAGGAACCCAAAGCUAACUUCUUUCAUAACUGAUAUAAUCUACUCCUCUUGUCAUGUGUUUAUUGUGUAUAUGAGAGAAGGAAAUAUAACAACAAUGUAAAGUAUGAAGUGUCCCUUACUCUUAACCUUUCU